UUGCCUCCUUCAACUGAAAGAAACGUCAGAAUCGCUGUUAACAUCUCAUGUCCACAUUAAAAUAAAUAUAGAUCCAGAGAGAGGGAUAGAUAUAGACAGACUCAAAAAAAUCAAAUCAGUAGCCGAGUUUGAUCAGUUCAAUAUUUUUCUGUCUUUUCUGACUUCUAGUUGAAUUUUAUUUGUCAAACAAUUGACAUUAGUUUGUGCUGCUCACAGCAUUAAAAAUUGACAUUAGAAUAAUUUAGCAGUAACAUUUCUGUCCAGCUACAGCUUCCACUGAAACACAAACUCCGACCUGAGCUGAUGACAUGAAUAACUGCAGCUGUCAGUUUGAAGAUGUGUUUUCAGCAGACACAUUGUCUUCUCUGUGUGGAGUGAACUGAUGGUGGUGAACUGAAGUGCUGCACAGCCAGGCAAUUUGCCCCCCACCCCCCUCUGUUUGUGCGUUCAGGUGGGUAAGCUGCAGAUGUCAGCAGAUAGACUGCUGAGUCUCACUGAUGGGAACUUAUCGGAUUAGCAGAGACACACUCUUAAUGACAAUCACUUGUGAUAUAACAAUCAUAUCGUGUCAGGAUAAUAUCAGUAACGAUGAUAUGACUGUUUUAAAGAGUAACUGAAGACCUUGGACAGAGUGAUGUCCUGACUUUAAAGCUGUAAAUCUGAUCAGAUUUCCACACAAUCGGAAAAUACAGAGAAGUAAAUUGAAGUACUGAAAGUAAAGGAUCAGCAGCAUCUGUUCGUCUGCCUUGUAAGAAAUCUGUUUCUGCCUUUCAGCCACAAAGAACAAAAGUGACAGUAAACUGUCUUUUUAUAUUUUAAUCUUGAUUCACAUUUUUUUAUUUACACCCGACAGCAUGAACCAAAACUGGAGUCAUGAAACGAUGUUCUUUGGUCUUGUAACAUGCAACUAAGAGCAAGGAGGUCAAUGGUCAAAGCAGCUGGAGUUUUGUUUUAUUUCAGUGGGAAAAUUAUGUUAAUGGAGAAAAAAAACAAAUGUACAGAUAUGACAUAUGCCUUUUUUUUUUUAUUGGCCUGUCCAUCACUUUGGUCCGGAGCAGAAUAGCUGUAGCUAGGAACUGUGUCUGUCCAUAAUGUGGCUCUGAUGAACACUGCAGCCUGUUGGGGGCAUUGACAGGACAGAAGAGUUAGUUUUCUUAAGGAUUUUAUAGUUAAUCCACUGGUUCCUGAGAUUAAUCCAAGUUACUGUAAAUCUGAGGUCAUGAGAUGAUUAACAAGGUAGAAAUGAUGGAAAAGAAUAAAAAAAAUAAAAAAUAAAAAAAGCCACAAAAUCUCAACUGAAGGUACACUUAUCUGCUUGCUUGUUAGUGCUUUUGACGGUAUCACAUGAUAAAUUACACUAAAUGUAAAUGUUUAGUCUUUCCAUGAAGCUGACUUGUUGACUGAAGAUGAGCUUCACAGUUCAUUCCUGGCUGGACCGGAAUACUUAAGGACCUGGUUUAGUUUGUUUUUCCUUUACUACACAUGGUGUUCCAGUCUCUGCUGUAUCGUUGGGAACACGACUGUUUAUACUGUAGCUCAGAGAUCAGUGCAACAUGUGAUUAAGGUUUUAAUCAGUGACAAACAUCUCUCAGUUCUCAUCUUGUUCUAGAAUGUAACCACAUUUUCUGAUUUUUUUAAUAUAUUGACAGUGAAACUGCUGCACAGUCUGAGAACUUCCUGCUUGUGUGUUUUGCUGCAGGAUUAUCUGUGUGUGUGUGUUUAGUCAGUAAUGAUCAGCAUGCUGACCAGGCUGUGUGUGUGUAGAUUAUAAAUGCAGCUCAGUCAAUCUGAUAAGCUGAAACCUACCGCUGAACACAUCAUCACUGCUGCUACAGGUCCUGAUAACAAGUCACCAUGAGUCCUAAACAUGUCGUCUUCAAGAAAGUUUCCCGCGACAAGUCGGUGGCAGUCUACAUGGCCAAGAGAGACUUUGUGGAUCACUGUGACUUUGUGGAUCCAGUCGAUGGAGUGAUCGUGAUCGACCCAGUGCAGCUCAAAGGAAAGAAAGUGUACGUGAUGCUGUCAUGCACGUUUCGGUACGGCCGUCAGGACAUGGAUGUGAUGGGUGUUGCCUUCAGGAGGGACCUGUUCUUGGUGACCCGGCAGGUUUACCCCGAGCUGCAGGACAAAGAGAAACUGACUCACACCAAGAUCCAGCAGAAACUGCUGCGAAAGCUGGGAGACAACGCCUUCCCUUUCUUCUUCGAGUUUCCGGACAACCUGCCGUGUUCUGUCGCUCUGCAGCCUGGACCAACUGAUGUGGGAAAGAAAUGUGCGGUGGAGUUUGAGGUGAAAGCUUUCUGUGGUGAAAACCAGGAUGAGAAGAUUGACAAACAGAGUUCAGUUCGUCUCAGCAUCCGUAAGAUCCAGUUCAGUCCAGAGAACAGUAAACUGGUUCCAGUAGCAGACACCACCUUCGAGUUCCUGAUGUCUGAGAAACCUCUGCACGUCAAACUGAGUCUGCCUAAAGAGAUAUUUUACCAUGGUGAGCCAGUCAAAGUGAAUGUUGAGAUCAACAACUCAUCCAGCAGGAACAUCAAAGACAUCAGUGUGUCAGUCGAGCAGGUGACCAAUGUUGUUCUUUACUCCGACGACAAAUAUGUUAAAUCAGUGGCCAAAGAGGAGACAAAUGACUCAGUUUCCUCUGGGACCAGUCUGAAGAAGGAAUACACCCUGUAUCCUCUGCUUGCUCACAACAAAGACCGGAGAGGACUCGCUUUGGAUGGACGACUCAAACAUGAGGACACCAACCUGGCUUCAUCUAGCAUUGUGAAGCAGGAGGUGCUGAAGGAGGUCCAGGGGAUCUUGGUCUCCUAUAAGGUGGUGGUGAGGAUGAUGGCCUCUGGUGAGGUGUCCCUGGAGGUUCCUUUCAGACUGAUGCAUCCUAAACCUGAAACAGCCAAGGAGGGUGAAUCAGAUGAUAUGGUAUUCGAGGAGUUUAAACGAGCCUACCUGAAGGGAGUGGUCUAUGGGGAUGAUGACGAAUCUCCAACCGAGGCCUGAAAACUCAGCAGGUCAGACACUGUCCCUGCUGUCCGUCACUGCCCAGAGCUGAAGAUAAAUACAUUUUGGUGCAGAGACAUUAUGGUUUCUAAUGUUAAUGAUGUUUCCUCUAGCGCCUCCCUCAAGACAAAAUUUACAUUUAGCUCCACUGCUGUAAAUCAUAGAAUGAUGGAUGUUCUGUUGUACUGUGACGGUAGUGAAGUCCGCAGCCUGUAGGGGACACUGUGGUGUGGGACAAACCACAGGUGUCAUACAGACACACCACAGGAGGAUUGAAAGUGAUAAAAUCCGAAUAAAAGUUUUGGAUCACUGGUAGAAACGCAGUGUUGUAUCCUCAUGAGCUGCUGGUCACUGUUGCUUUCUACUCUCAGAAUCACAGGAUCUUUUUGACAUUCAGCCUCCAUCUAGAACAAAAGAAACCAUCCUUUUUCGCUCUGUAACUCAUAUUCAUUGAUUUUUAGAGAAGCUAGAGCAGCAUGACAAGGGGAAAAAUUGUCUGAUGAGAGGCUCUGGCUCCUUGACAGCAUCUUGACACAAAGCAAAUGGAGCAGUGAAUCACUGCAGGCUGAAAUGUGGAAGCUUUCUAGUUCCUUACUGCUCGUUAAUCUGCUUUGUGAUUAAGUAAAUGCUGUAGUCCUUUUCAAGAAUAAGAAUGUAAGUGAUCAUGUUAUUAGGUAGAAAUCUGUUGAUUCAUGUGAAGGACUCUGUAGGGAAAACCUGUGGGGCAGAGCAAUACUUCUAACCUCCUCCUGACAAACGGUGACGUCAGUGAUUGUAACAUAAGAAGCUUUUUUUAAAUUUUUAUUUUUAUUUUUAAGUUUACACUGAUAAUGAGUGAGUUGAUGCCGCUCAGUAACUCUGAGCUCAGCAUCCUGUCUGAGAAAUCCUCCUGGACUGAAAUUAGACAAACACUCUGUUGCCAAGUAAUGUGUGUUUUCAUUGUUUCAGAGCUGCAGACAAGAAAACAUUCAAUUUUUAUCAGGUCUCUGUCAGUGACAAUAAAUAUCAUUUUAUUUGGUGUUAGUGCAUUGAUAAUACAGUAAUCAUUAUAUUCUACCAUUGUCAUGUAAAGAAACCAACUUCCUUAGAAUAUGUUUUUGCUAAAUGUAUGUAUUACAUAUUUAUUUGUUUUGAUAGAAGAACCCUUGACUUUAUGGUUGGCCCCCUCAUUUGUGAAGUCAAAGUGUAAAUCUGCAGUUAUCUCAUCAAUAAAAAAGCUCUGUUUGCUCUGGGCAGCUGUUGAUAUUGACUGUGUGAGACUGAAGAAGAGUGUCCAUGCAAAGAAACGCUGUCCUGGGUAAAUAAGAGGGGACGCUAUGUGACUGGAUCACAGAGUAACCAACAUGGAGCUACUGUAAUCCUAGAUGCUAGUAAAGUUAAA